CUCUUAUAUACGUAACUGGGUGCACACAAACUUAAUCACUAUAUGGAUCGCGUUCAUAUGAUCAGUUCAGACUGAGAGCAGUGAUCGUUAAUAAUAUUGCAAUUUGUUCUAUUUUUGUUCAUCAUUAAUAGAUUUUUAUAAGAGGAGCUGUAAUAUAGGGUUCUUACAGUGAUCGUUAUUCGGAAUAUAUCAUCGUUUGUGAUAACUUCUUAUAGAAACAUGGAGGAAAUUUCAACAAAAUCUUUUAGAGUACGCAGAGCAGAAGCGAAUGAUAUGCAACAUGUGCGCCAGAUGAUUCAAGAACUUGCCGACUUCGAGCAAAUGAGUUCUGGACCAGAAUUGUCCGUAGAAGAUUUAAUCCGAGAUGGAGGGUUUGAUGGCGGUAACGAAAUCUUUCACUGUUAUAUAGCAGAAACAACACAGAUGGAUGGAUCUACUUUAAACACAAAACCUGUAGGAUAUUCAAUUUGCUUCUUUUCUUACUCAAUGUGGCAAACAAAGUCAUAUUUCAUGGAAGACCUCUACGUAAAGCCAGAAUUUCGUAAUCAAGGAGUUGGUUCGAUGAUCUUAAAAGAGGUCAUAAGAAUGGCAAAAGAAUAUGAAUGCAAACGAGUUGAUUUCCAUGUCCUCGAAUGGAAUCCUGCACGAAAAUUCUAUGAAAAAAUGAAUGCUAUCAAUCUAACAGCACAAAAUUGGCAUUAUUUUCGUUUAGAAGAAGAUGCUUUGAAUAAAUUAGCAGAUUUAUAACAAAAACAAAAAAAAAACAAAAAUUUUUAAAGAGACCAUAUUAUAAUAUGUUUAUAUAUUUUUUUCUUUUUUAAUGUGAUAAAUGAAAAUACCGUUAUUAUAUAAAUUAUAUAUGAAUUAA